AUGUACGUUUUCAAAAGAGAUGGUAGAAAGGAGCCUGUGCGCUUCGACAAGAUCACUGCCAGAGUUCAAAGAUUAUGCUACGGUUUAGACCCAAAUCACAUUGAACCAGUCGCCAUCACCCAAAAGGUCAUUGCUGGUGUUUACCAAGGCGUCACAACUAUUGAGUUGGACAAUUUGGCUGCUGAAACUGCUGCAACCAUGACCACUAUACACCCUGACUACGCGGUUUUAGCAGCAAGAAUCGCGGUAUCCAAUUUACAUAAACAAACUACCAAGUUGUAUUCACAAGUGUCCAAGGACUUGUAUGAGUACAUCAACCCAGAAACUGAUCGUCACGCGCCAAUGAUUUCGAAGGAAACGUAUGAUAUCAUUCAAGAGAAUGCCGAUGAGUUGAACUCGGCAAUUGUCUAUGACCGUGAUUUCAAUUACAACUACUUUGGUUUCAAAACAUUGGAAAGGUCAUAUUUGUUGCGUAUUAAUGGAAAAGUUGCUGAAAGACCACAACACUUGAUUAUGAGAGUUGCCAUCGGUAUCCAUGGAAGAGACAUCCCAAGAGUCAUUGAAACUUACAACUUGAUGUCACAAAGGUACUUUACCCAUGGUUCUCCAUGCUUGUUCAACGCUGGUACUCCAAAGCCACAAAUGUCAUCUUGUUUCUUAGUUGCUAUGAAAGAAGAUUCUAUUGAAGGUAUUUACGACACUUUAAAGACAUGUGCCUUGAUCUCAAAGAGUGCUGGAGGUAUUGGUUUGCACAUCCACAACAUCCGCGGUACUGGUGCUUAUAUUGCAGGUACAAACGGAACUUCAAACGGUAUCAUUCCAAUGGUGCGUGUCUUCAACAACACCGCUCGUUAUGUUGACCAAGGUGGUAACAAAAGACCUGGUGCUUUUGCUUUGUAUCUUGAGCCAUGGCACAGCGACAUCUUUGACUUUAUUGAAAUCAGAAAGAACCACGGUAAGGAGGAAAUUAGAGCUAGAGAUUUAUUCCCAGCUUUGUGGAUCCCUGACUUGUUCAUGAAGAGGGUCGAGCAAAACGGCGAAUGGACCUUGUUUUCUCCAAAUGAGGCUCCAGGUUUGGCUGAUACCUAUGGUGAUGAAUUUGUUGAAUUGUAUGAAAAGUACGAAAGGGAAGGUCGUGGUAGAAAAACAAUUAAAGCUCAAAAGUUGUGGUAUUCCAUCUUGGAGGCACAAACUGAAACUGGUACUCCCUUCAUGUUGUACAAGGAUGCUUGUAAUACCAAAUCCAACCAAAAGAAUUUGGGAAUCAUCAAAUCUUCUAACUUGUGUUGUGAAAUUGUUGAAUAUUCAGCUCCAGAUGAGGUUGCAGUUUGUAACUUGGCUUCAAUUGCUUUGCCUUCUUUCAUUGAGCAAGAUGGUAAACACGCUUGGUACAACUUUGACAAGUUGCACGAUGUGACGAAGGUUGUUACUCGUAACUUGAACAGAGUUAUCGACAGGAACUACUACCCAGUUCCAGAGGCUGAAAGGUCCAACAUGAGGCACAGACCAAUUGCAUUGGGUGUCCAAGGUUUGGCUGAUGCUUUCAUGGUUUUGAGAAUCGGAUUUGACUCUCAAGAAGCUAGAGAAUUGAACAUUCAAAUCUUUGAGACUAUUUAUCAUGCUGCAGUUGAAGCUUCAAUUGAAUUGGCCCAAGAAGAAGGUCCUUAUGAAACUUUCCAAGGCUCUCCAGCUUCUCAAGGUUUGUUGCAAUACGACUUGUGGAACAGAAAGCCUACCGAAUUAUGGGAUUGGGAUGAAUUGAAGCAAAAACUUGCAAAACAUGGUAUGAGAAACUCGUUGUUGGUGGCUCCUAUGCCAACUGCUUCGACAUCGCAAAUUUUGGGUAACAAUGAAUGUUUUGAGCCAUACACUUCAAACAUUUACUCAAGAAGAGUGUUGGCUGGUGAAUUCCAAAUUGUUAACCCGUACUUGUUGAAAGAUUUGGUCGAUUUGGGUAUCUGGAAUGAUGCCAUGAAGAGUAGCAUUAUUGCAAACAAUGGUUCCAUCCAAGCUUUGCCAAACAUCCCCGAUGAAAUUAAGGCAUUGUACAAGACAGUUUGGGAAAUCUCACAGAAACAUAUUAUCGAUAUGGCUUCCGAUAGAGCCGCAUUUAUUGAUCAAUCUCAAUCAUUAAACAUCCACAUUAAGGACCCAACAAUGGGUAAAUUGACCAGUAUGCACUUUUACGGGUGGAAGAAAGGAUUAAAGACUGGUAUGUACUAUUUGAGAACGCAGGCCGCUUCUGCCGCUAUCCAAUUCACCAUCGAUAAAACUAUUGCCGAAUCAGCUGGUUUGAAUGUUGCCUCGUUGCUGAAAUUGAACAGACCUAAAUACUUGUCCAAGUCUAGGGAUGGAACCACCUCGACUGAAAACUCAUUUGAAAAGAGUCCUAGCACUGAACCAACGUCUUUGGAAAACUCAGUUGCUGACUUGAAGAUUGAAGAUAAGGCCGAAAAGGCAGAAGAACCAAAAAAGGAAGGGGAAGAUGCAGAACCAGUUGACAACAGAACCAUAGAAGAGAUAGAAAGCGACAUCUACAGUGCUAAAGUUAUCGCUUGUGCUAUUGACAACCCGGAAUCCUGCACCAUGUGUUCUGGAUAA